AUGCUAGAGAUGAACAAACUCCACGGAGGAGGAGGAAUCGACGGUGAUAACUCUCACGAUGCUGCAGCAGCGGGAGGCAACCUCAAGACAUGGCUAAGUGCCGCGAUGAGUAACCAAGACACGUGUCUUGAAGGGUUUGAAGGAACGGAGAGAAAGUACGAGGAGAUGAUUAAAGGGAGCUUAAGACAAGUCACUCAGCUCGUGAGCAAUGUUCUAGACAUGUACACGCAGCUUAAUGCCUUGCCUUUCAAGCCAUCUAGGAACGAGAGCUCUAUAAUGAGCCCUGAGUGGCUAUCAGAGACCGACGAGAGCCUCAUGACGCGGCUCAACCCUAGCGCGAUGCAUCCAAACGCUGUCGUUUCGAUGGAUGGAAAGGGGAAGUAUCGGACGAUUAAUGAAGCUAUCAACGAGGCUCCGAAUCAUAGCACGAAGAGAUAUGUUAUAUAUGUGAAGAAAGGUUUGUAUAGAGAGAAUAUUGAUAUGAAGAAGAAGAAGACAAAUAUUAUGCUUGUUGGUGACGGUAUUGGACAGACGAUCAUUACCGGUGACAGAAAUUUCUUGCAGGGUCUUACUACUUUCCGAACUGCAACCGUUGCUGUUUCUGGAAGAGGAUUCAUAGCAAGGGACAUAACUAUCAGAAACACAGCCGGGCCACAUAACCGACAAGCUGUUGCAUUGAGAGUCGAUUCCGACCAAUCAGCCUUCUUCCGAUGUAGCAUGGAAGGUUACCAAGACACUCUCUACGCCCAUUCCCUCCGUCAGUUCUAUAGAGAAUGUGAAAUCUACGGUACAAUCGAUUUCAUAUUUGGAAACGGCGCCGCAGUAUUACAGAACUGUAAAAUCUAUACUAGGGUUCCAUUACCACUCCAAAAGGUAACGAUAACUGCACAAGGGAGAAAAAGCCCUAACCAGAACACAGGGUUUGUGAUCAUGAAUAGUUUCGUGUUAGCCACACAACCUACUUAUCUUGGCCGGCCGUGGAAACUUUACUCAAGAACGGUUUACAUGAACACUUACAUGAGCCAGCUGGUCCAGCCUAGAGGCUGGCUUGAGUGGUUUGGUAACUUUGCUUUGGAUACUUUGUGGUAUGGUGAAUAUAAUAAUGUUGGACCGGGUUGGCGGGCUUCUGGUCGGGUUAAAUGGCCCGGUUAUCAUAUCAUGGAUAAACGGACUGCGAUGUCAUUCACCGUUGGAUCGUUCAUUGACGGUCGGAGAUGGCUUCCGGCAACAGGUGUCACGUUCACCGCUGGCCUAGCUAAUUAA